CUUAUUCUUGUUAACGGUUAAUAUAUUUUUCCUAUACCCGAAAAUUAUAAAAUACGGAGGUUUGAGGCAGAGCAGAGUAGCACUGUAGCAGUAAGCAGCCCGCCUGGCGCCUUCCCAAAUCGCAACUUCCGCAGGCUGCACUCCGCAGUCCCUCAUUCAUCAGUCUCCAACUCUCUGGCUCGCCGCCUCGCGUCUCGGAGUCCGUCGCAGUCUUGCAGAGUCGCCGCCGGCAGUCCUAGGCCCCUAGCAUGUUUCUCCGAUAUUGAAGUCCGAAGCAGUUGCCUACUUUGAUCUGCCAUAGCAAGAGUUAGGAUGAAGGUGAAGGUGGUUUGCCGGAAACUCUAUGAUUAUGUACGCUUCGACCUGAAGGAAAUUGCAUUCCCUUCAUCUUUACCUGACCCACCUCAUAUGAAAAAGCGCCGGAAAAUAACAUGGAAGGAGCGUUUCCUUAUAUUGAAGGAAGCAUCUAGACUUUAUGCUGCAAGCUGGGUAAGAGACAUAGGCCCUGAACUUCGACCUAAUGACUACAAAAAGAAACAAUCCAGUGAAGACAUGUUUAACGAAGAGAAUGAUACAACUAAAGAGAAGGAACCCUCAACACUGGAGGACCUAGCUGUUGCUGCAAGGGGUGGAAUGGAAACUCUUAGGCCUGCAUUGCAGCGGGUUUACAUGACUAGAGCAACAGCAUACAAAGAUGCUCUCAAAAGCUUCAUCGAAGGAUAUCAAGAAGGUAUUCAACACGUUGUGGAUAAGAAAGAAGAGACUAAAGUUCAAGAAGAAAAGGAUGUGCAUAAAUGAACAAGAUGGCUUGCUAAGCCAAACAUGUGACUUGCUUCUGAAUAGCUGAUAUUUUUGUAUAAUCCACUGUUUUUUUAUGUCCUAUACAUCUACAUGUCUGGCAGUUGUCUCUGUGUUUUUAAUGGAAAGUUUUAAAACUUCUUGAAGUGAAUAUUUCAUUAAGACUAUGGAUGGACCCGG